UUUCACGUUCACCAUUUGAUGUAUGUAUUAUAACGCGGGUCAAAAAACCCGCAAAAAAUGAAGCUGCCCGUUUCUCAUGGAUUGUAAACUCUGAAACUUCAAAAUAUGCGUUUCAGACAAACAAAUGAGCCACAAUAAUGACGAAGCGGAAAGCGAGUGGCGUUUUAAUAAUAACUCGUCGGUUUAAUCUUAAUUUUUAAAGAAAAGAAAUUAACGUUCUUUUAUUAUCAAUAAUGGCUUCUAGAACGGUGGUGGAACUGUCUCAAGCCGUUCCCCGGUCGCGACAACUCGACUUCAACAAAGCAAUGUCUGAUUUUAAAGUGAUGUUUCCAACUUUUGAACACGAAGUUAUCGAGAUGGUUCUGCGCGCAAAUAAUGGUCUAGUGGACGCGACUGUUGAUCAACUCUUAGCUAUGCAAAGUGAAACUAUUAAUGAACCAGAGGAUUAUGGACUCCUAGACCCAGAAUUAAACGUACGUUUGCCAAGCUACGAUGAUACAGCCGCGACUACAUUUGAGCCACCGCCGGCAUACACGCCAAGGGUCGAAGAGGACCCGAGUUUUAGAUACGAUUCUACGUUUUUAGAGCCACACUUAAGUGCUUUUAAUACCCCGGUUUCUUCUCAAAACACUCCGCCUGCGAGAAAGCAUCAUUCUCAAUUUCAUCCGCCUUUAUUAGGCACUUUACCAAACGACUUUUUGAGGCUAAACUUGGAUGAUAGAACGUCACCGUCUCAACAGAGUGAAGGAAUGUCUACGGAGAAUCCUCUUUACGCUGUUAGUUCUGUGCAAAGAGGGACAGGCAGUAGACACAAAUCGUACCGCUUCAAUCAAGGUACUUACAGAAUUUAUAAUUUUUACCGUUUUGUGUGACGCCGGUCAAAAGGUUUUGAAUUGACUUGUUUUGAAACAACAUUUGUAGUCAUUAAUUAACCAUUUGGAAUACUAAUUGAGUACAAUGUAGCAAAUUUGUUCAAUUAGAACGCCGGAUUUUGUUCUUUCAUUCAAUUAGAACCAAAUAUUAGACGUUUUAUAGAUCUGGAAGUGCAGUAAAGUGUAUGAAUAAGUUAAUUUUAAUUCCGACUUCCUCUUGCAUUAUCUUGAAUCAUAAUAUAUGCCCAUGAAGUUUGUUUAUAUUUCUAUAUCAGAUUGUAGACCACACUCUGGUGCCAUGUCACAGACUGCCGUGCCGAGGCCAACUGUAAAUGGCAAGGAUCAUGGUUUUGAUGCAAUCCCAAGUAAUGGAGAUGAGGCGAAGAAUGGUGGGAAAAAAGGUUUAGAAAAUUAAUGUUUUGUUACGAAAUAUUUAUGUAAAUGUUUCCAUUUUUCUGGAACAAUAUAAUGAGGGGGUGUUGCUAACAUAUGUGCAUUGUAGUGUAAGCUGUCAUAUUGGGCUUACUGGGCUAUAUCAACCCAAUGCCAUUCAAGGUUAUACAUAGCCUUGUUUGACCGUUGUUAUUUAAUGAAAGGUUAACCUCCCCUGGAGGAGUAAAAUUGUCUGUAGUUAGACAGAGUAAAGUAAUAAAUAGGGUGCAUUGGGACACAAUGCAAGUUAAUGGUGGAUUUAUAUUAGAUCAGUUUGGGUUUGCAACUACCUGAAAAAUGUAAGGAGAAUUUCAACGUUUCAAGCAUAUAAAAGCUCAUGUACUUUCCUGGCCCCCGCUAGUAACUCCAGACAAAGGGCCUUCACUGGAAACAUCGAAAUUCUCCUUAUAUUGUUCAGGUUCGAACAGGCAAAUGACAGGUUUGAACUUUCUUGGCAAAAUUUUCAUUGAAUGUUUUCGUUUCACAUUUUCUUUCUCGUGUCGAAAGAAUAAUCAUGCAUUGCAGUUUUAAAACAGCAAGUUCAUUUACUUUUUAUUGCCUGAUACCGUAAAUUUUUUCUGUGCCUGGCGUUUGCCGUUUGCCGUAUAACGCAAAGCUUAAACUUUCUAUUAUUGGCUUUAUAUGUACUGGCACAGACAGUUCAAUAUUUGUUUGGAUGUAGUUAUCAGAUUGGCUACCAUUUUGCACGAGCUGCCUCAAAAUAUGAUGUGGGCAAACUAGCCAGUUGAACUUUUUUAAGUGAGACUAAGCAUCCACGGUAAAAAAAAUUACCUGUGGUUCUGGUUUCAUAUCAUGAAAAAAUUAGGGUUGGUAGGUCGGAAAUAAAUAUUUUUUUUGAAUAUUUUUUUCAUGGUUUUGGUGUUUUUUUGCUGGGCGAUUUGCAGUAGAGUCCCGACAUCAAUAUUAACCAGAGAUGCAUAUUUCCUAUGGACGAAUUUAGGCAAUUUGGUUCAAUAAUUAGUGUGACAACAGACGCCAUUUUGGCAUGCUGUAUGAGCAGCCUGCAACCACCUGGAGAAAAUAGGAUUGCAUGGUCAAUCGCGUUGAAAAAAUAAUAGGGUCGGCAGAAAAAAAUAGGGUCGGUCGGGAACCGGAACCACAGGUAUUUUUUUUAUGCCUCAGUAGUCACAGAUAUAUUAAAGUAUUAAAACCAUAACUUUCUACAACUAUAUUUGUUAAGGAAAGGGCAAAAAAUUUGGCCAAAUGUCAAGAAAAUUUAAAAGAAAGAAGUCAAAAACUAACAAGGGGUAUGUAGAUUCACAUUAUCUACUUUACCGCAUCACUCUGGUCCCAUUCCAUCCCAGAAUUUCUCCUUGUUGCAUUUAACUUUAGAUUAUGUCUUUUUUAAUCAGUGGUGCUGGCAGGGGGCGAGGAGUCUACCUUCCCCCAAUGUUUUCCAGAGUGGAGUUUUAAAGCUCUAUAUUGUAUGUAGUCAUGUCUCCCACUGAAUUAAACUGUCUAGAAUUCCAAAAUCAUGAUUUAGUUAAAAGGUGGUGUGUUAAGACCUUUAUAUUUUUCUUGAAGUACCUCCACAAUGCAGGAAAUGCUGUUUCAAAGAUUUCCAGGGAAGCAUAUGCCCCCAGAUCCCCCUAGAAUUGUGACAAAUUAUAUCCCCCCCCCCCAAAAAAAAAAAAUCCUGGUGGUGCCACUGUUUAUAGUGAACUUUUUCUAUUUUAGCAGCACAACAUAUCAACAGAUGUCAGGGACAAAUUUAAUUGAUGGAGAUAGUGGUGAUUGACAAGGUAAAUGGUUUGAUUGAUUGGUAAGUUACAAAAAUUACAAAACAGUGCUGCGAGAAUUAUCACUGGUAGAACAUAUGAUGUAACCUCCGACGACGUUUUAAAGGAAUUAAACUAGCAACCCUUAAAACAACGAUAUAAAAUCAACAAGACGAUUUUCAUGCACGAAGUAAGAAAUGACACAUUGACACAAUGACACUUUGGAAUGGCUUAGCAAGUACAGCCAAAGAAAAAGGCAUAAGCCUUAACUAAUUUAAAUGUAUUCUUGACGGCACCUGAUUCAAUAUCACCUUUGUAAAUAUGGUUUUAAAUUACUGUAAAUUUAAGUUUCAAAACACCACAACAAUAUAUAUUUCACACAAGAAUAUUGCACACACAACAUGAAACAGAUUGGGAAAAAAUCAGUGGCAGUCAUUUCAAAAUUGGGUAAAAAAUGGAAAAAACAACACAGAAAACAUCUCGCUUCAUCAUCGUAAGGUAAAGCGCUCUAUCACCACCGCACACCGUGAUAUUUUUGGUCACGACAACCAUCUUUUUGGAGGCUUUCUCACAGUCUGUAUCACUGCACUAAAAGUGAUCCAACACCUUGGCACUGCAAGUUUCCACAACCGCCCCUCCCCUGCCCUAACCAUUCAUAACCCGGCUUUUCUCUAACAAGUCGAUUUUUGUCUUUUUAGAUGCUCGAAGGUGGAUGGAAAAUGUCAAAAAAUAUUUUAGUUACCGUACAUUGUAAGGCUGUAUGUAAAUAUACAGGGUGUAUAAAAAAAAACUGAACAGAUUUAAAAUUGCUCUCA